AAGCUCUCAACAUGCACGUCCUGCCAGUUCACCGAAGACUUUUCCAACUACUGGACAGCCGUUAUGUUCUUCCGUGCCAGGAAUGGCACCUUUAAGAGAGUGCCCCAGAUUGCCCAGAAUGGUAUGGAGGGAACCAACGGCGGCAUGGUUGUUUACUACAUGAGCGAUGCCCUUUUCGACACAGCACAAAAGUCAAAGGUCACCGCCUUCAAGCCCGGCUUUCGCAUGCUGAGCCAGGCCAGCCGUGCCCCCGAGUACAUCAGCUUCCCCCCAACUCCCUGCCGCGGUGGAAUCAUGGCGAACCAUCGAUUCCCGACUUGCUGGGAUGGUGUCAACCUGGAUUCUCCCAACCACAGAGACCAUGUUGCCUACCCCGAGACAGGCACAUUUGAGUCCGGAGGCCGAUGCCCAGCUUCCCAUCCUGUGCGGCUGCCCCAGAUCUUGCUCGAAACAGUCUGGGACACACGUGCCUUUAACAACAAGGAAGACUGGCCUGCUGAUGGCAGCCAGCCAUUUUUCUGGUCGAGCGGAGAUGGCAGUGGCUUCGCCAAUCAUGCCGACUACGUCUUUGGCUGGGAGGGGGACUCGCUCCAAAGAGCCAUGGACGCGCACACCUACGUCAGCGCGCCCAUGCUCAAGACUCAGACCAUUGCACAGCAGAACAAGUGCACUGUUCGUGAUUUCGUCAGAGAGGACUUUUCAGGAUGUAAGUAA